AUCACCUGAAGUUGUUUUAUUCCUUUUUAAACCAAUUAACUACUAGAAUUUAUCAUAAAUUCUAAACUUAAUGUAUGUUUGGUUUACAUUUCAUUUAACUAAUAUUAUGUCUUAUAACUGUGUAUAAUGAGCUCAGUUUAUCUGUUAUUUAGAUUACAGUAAAGAUCAGAGAUGAACAUUACAAAUGAUUAUCAAAUACUGGUAUUAAAAUUCACCCAAGAUACUUGUUUUGAAACCAUUUAAAUUAUUGUAGAAUUCAAUUUUAUCCUAAUAAAAAAAAAGUCAUGCAAUAAAAAUGAAAUUUCACACAACAAUGUAAAAUUAUUUUUAGAUGAUUUACAUUUUGUAAACAUCAGAUAUUCAGUCAGGCUUUAAGACAAAAUGAGUCCCAUUCAGGUGUGAGUGAACGUGUGUGUGUUCAUGCUCGAGUGACACCAACAGUGAUGUGUGAGUGUAAACAUGUUUACUACAUUUACGGAACAUAAUUGUGCUGGUUUUACAUCACUUCAGGCACAAAGACGACGCCUCUUCAUUUUGUCGGUUCUUUUGUAGAAGCUGAGUUUGUGUCACCAAACUGACAAAGGCUGGAAUGAGAGGAAGAUGCUGGAGUUUCUGAACGAGAGCCGUCAUCAAAUGUCUGCUACAAUAUGAACAUGUUCAGCUGCUCAUCUCUUCACUCAGCACAGAGAGUCAUCACACACUGACAAGAUGCUGCCAGCACUCUGCUCUCUCUUCACUGCUCUCUCAUGUGUCAGUGGUGUGACUGUGGUGACACAGAAGCCUCCUGUUCUCACGCCGACUAAAGGAGAGAAGACCACUAUGCACUGUAAUCUGGGGACUGUUACUACUUAUCAAGCUGUUUGGUAUAAACAGGUUCCAGGAGGAACUACACAGUAUGUGUUAGGGAAUUAUCAUAGCUGGAGCUCUCCUGACUAUGGAUCUGGCUUCUCCUCUCCUAAAUUCACAUCAACACACUCAUCUCUAUCAGAUUACGCUUUGAUCAUCAGUAAUGUGGAGGUAGGAGACUCUGCAUGGUAUUACUGUAAGACAUAUGACAGCUCUACUAGUGAGUGGGUAUCGCACACUGUGGUAUUCGGCCAAGGAACAAAGCUGAUCGUCACUGACUCUGCUCUCCCGGCUCCUGUUCUUACCAUCUUCCCUCCAUCCAGUGAAGAGCUGAAGUCUAACAAAGCCACUCUUGUGUGUGUGGCCAAUGACAUGUCAAGUGGUUUUGCUGAUGUGCGUUGGCUGGUGGAUAGAAACCCGAUCAGCAGUGGAGUGACCACUGGCUCUGCAGAGCAGCAGCCCAAUAAGAAAUUCAGACUGAGCAGCUAUUUGACCAUUGAGAGAUCAGAGUGGGAUAAAGAUAAAGCCAUAACAUGUGAAGUGUCUGCUGCCUCAAAAGCCACAACUAAAGAGAUUAAGAAGUCUGAAUGCAGCGACUGAACCUGAUCACAUCUGAUACAUUUUCAUUCUUUUCAUGCAAACUAACAGUUACUACUUGGCAGAGCUUCAUAGAAACAGUAGUUUAAUGUGUAGUGAAAGAUGCUGAUCUCAUUAACAACAACUGGAUCAUCUCCUGCUUAUGGAGUCAUUUGACUUUUAUGUUUAUGAACAAA